UUUUCACUCAUAUAUAUACUUCCAACAGCAAAAUUCUCAUCUCUCCCGCAUCGAGUUGCUUCCAUCUGAUUCAGCCAUGGCAACCGCGAAGACCGUGAAGGAUGUGUCUCCUCACGAGUUCGUAAAGGCUUACUCCUCUCAUCUCAAGCGCUCUGGCAAGAUGGAGCUUCCUGAGUGGACGGAUAUUGUAAAAACAGCAAAAUUUAAGGAACUGGCUCCCUAUGAUCCUGACUGGUAUUAUGUUAGAGCUGCUUCCAUGGCAAGAAAGAUCUAUUUGAGGGGAGGUCUUGGCGUUGGUGCUUUCAGGAGGAUCUAUGGUGGAAGCAAGAGGAAUGGAAGCCGUCCUCCACAUUUCUGCAAGAGCAGUGGUGCUAUUGCCAGACACAUUCUGCAACAGUUGCAAAACAUGAACAUUGUUGAAGUUGAACCAAAAGGAGGUAGGAGAAUAACUUCUAGCGGUCGAAGGGAUCUUGACCAAGUUGCUGGCCGAACUGUUGUUGUUGCUCCUUGAUAUUGGCAUGCUAUAAAAAACUGAUGUGACAAAUCAAUGCCCUUCAGGAUUUAUUUUUGCCUAUAUAGCAUUGAGACAAUUUUAUGCAUUGAAAAUUGAGCAGUUUGAUAACAUUUUAAUUGUAAUUUUUUUUUUUGGUCAAGUGUAUUCUAGGUUGGAAUUUUGACAUUUUCUUUCAAAUUCAAGUGAAUCCCCAUUCCAUUUUUGUCACAGCA